GUGGCGCACGCGCAGACCAUUUCCAUUUUCCAAUUCCAUUUCUACCCCCCGCGUUCUCCCUCCCUCGCGCCCACCGCCACGCUGCGCCGACGACGUUCCCCUCCGCCGCCGACGCCCUGACCGCCGCGUCUCCGCCGCCUCCCCGGCCCUCAGGCCCUCCUCCUCCCGCCUCGCCUCGCGUCGCUCUUCCGGUUCGCCUACCGACCAACCCGGGCCCCGAUCCGCGCGGAGGGAGGGGGGAGGGGGAGAGAUGGCAGUGGUCCUCGCGUGGCUCAACGCCAGGGUCGUCGACCCCCUGCUGCAGGUGAUCCAGAGGGGCGCGGAGCCGAAGCAGCUCGCCUUCUCCGCCGCGCUCGGCGUCACCAUCGGGAUCUUCCCCAUCUGCGGGACCACUGUUAUUAUCGGUGGACUUGCUGUGGCCAUGUUAGGAGCUCGCUGCAAUGCCGUUACUGUCAUGGUUCUGAAUUUAGCUGCCACUCCUCUCGAGCUAAGCUUGAUCAUUCCUUUCUUGCGUUUGGGAGAAGCAGUCACGGGCGGUGAGCACUUCCCCUUGACAUCUGAUGCAUUCAAGAUGGUCCUCACUGGCCAUGCCUCAAAGGGCGUGCUCCUCAGCAUUUUUCACGCGAUUCUCGGCUGGAUGGUUGCUGCACCGUUUGUGAUGGCUGGGCUGUACACCUUAUCCGUCCCUUGUUUCAAGUACCUGGUCAGCAGGUUUGGCGUGAUUCCUUCGAGCCCCAGGACGCCAAUGAAAGCGGUUUUGCUUUGCCCGAACGAAUCUGAACCCGAAAAUGGGGCUGCACCAUUGCUCGUCCAUGCCGACUGAUCUUACGGUGCCGUCAUCUGGACAUCAUCAUCAGACAUUUCUCAUCUGCAUUUGUGUGUCCACUGGCCGUUCUCAUCUGCUGGCUCAUGUUAUGUAAACUGUUGUCUAUUGUCUGUAGAUAUUAUGCUGAUUGUGUUACCCGUAACUGUUAGUACUCCCGUUAGGGACAGCUCGUGUAUCCUCACGCGGAGCUCUAGGCAAAUAUGUAUAUAUACAGGUCUUCUAUUAAGAUAUACACCCUCUGUUCCAUAAUAAUGUAAGACGUUUUUUGACACUAUUGCAGUGUCAAAAAACGUAUGUCUUGCAUGAUGGGACAGAGGGGUAUCUCUCAUACAUACAAUACGGUAAAUAAAUAAAGGAUACUGAGUUUGGAGAGGUCAAAA